ACGUUAGGCCCAGUGUGGACGUCACUGAUUUUUUUCCCCUCUUUCCUCACCUUUUUUUUCCUGUUCCACCAGAGCAUCUCUCUCUCUCUCUCUCUCUCUCUCGCUCUCUCUCUCUCUCUCUCCUUCUGCUCUCCCUCUCUUUCUACACCGCCCACUCCUUCCCCAAUCAUUGAUCCGACCACUCACUGCCGCCUCGCCGGCUUCUUUUGCCUCAUUACAUCGCCCGCUGAGCUUUCUGCAUUUUUUUAGGGAGGAGAAACGGCACAUUUUGGGACCAAGAAAAAAGAAAAAGAAAAAACACAUCACCAUGGCGAGCACCGAGGAUAAAGCGGCCAACAAGGAGAACGUGUCCAGCUGGAAGGACUCCAUCUACAACCCGAGAACCGGGGAGCUGUUGGGUCGUACUGCCAGCAGCUGGGCACUCAUCCUCUUGUUCUACUUGGUCUUCUACUGCUUCUUGGCCGGCAUGUUCGCUCUGACCAUGUGGGUGAUGCUGCUCACUCUGGAUGACUAUGUGCCGAGGUACAGAGACCGCGUUCCAGAGCCAGGGUUGGUGAUUCGUCCAAAUUCACUGGACAUUACUUUCAACAAAUCUGACUCAAAAAACUACAAAACCUAUGUCAACCAUCUGGAAUCCUUCCUGCAAAGAUACAACGAUUCGAUGCAGGAGAACAACGAGGAGUGCAUUCCAGGAGAGUAUUACAUGCAGGACGGCGGUGAGAUGACAAAGAAAGUUUGUCCCUUCAGGAGGACCUCCCUGAGUUUGUGCUCUGGCCUUUCCGACACCGACUUUGGAUAUCAAGAAGGAAAGCCCUGUGUGCUGCUGAAGAUGAACAGGAUUAUUGGCCUGAAGCCAAUUGGGGAUCCCUACAUCAACUGCACGGUCAAAAAAGACCACCCGGUCCAAAUGCACUACUUCCCAAGUGAGGGCCGCAUUGAUAAGAUGUAUUUCCCCUACUACGGCAAGAAAGCCCAUGAGAACUACAUGCAGCCCCUGGUGGCUGUGAAGCUGCUGCUCACCAAGGAGGACUACAACAAGGAGCUGGCCGUGGAGUGCAGGGUAGAGGGCACCAACCUGCGCAACAACGACGAGCGGGAUAAAUUCCUGGGCCGCGUAACGUUCAGGGUUAAGGUGGUGGAGUAAAAGGCAAAUAUACAGCCUGUGAAAGGAAAUCUAAUUGAAGCUGCCCACUAAGGAUUUAUCUUUAUUUUAUUUUAUUAUUUUUUUUAAGAAAAGGAAGGAAUCGUCAAAACGUCACAAAGGCGGCAUUUUGGGAUGUGGCACAACACAGUCAGUGAUACAGUGGUACCACAUGCUGCUUUCAUGACAUUUCUGACUUUUCUUUUCUUAACGAUUCCUCGCUGACCUCCUCAAAGACCCUCAUAACAAAGCACAGGCUCCGCUCCUGAGUCCGUCCAUCCACACGCCCUCCCUCCCCUUUCCCCCUUCCCCUCCCUUCCCUAUUCACCUAUUGCACUGUUCAUCCUCCGCUCAGUUAUGUUUUUUUUUUCUUUAUUUGUAUUGACGUGAUUCGAUAACUUAUAGCCAUUGCAACCAAGCCAUUUGGAGCUGUUGUGUAAUUGUUGAUGAAACAAUUUUGUUUAAAUUUGUUUUUAGAGCUUCCCGCUGCCAGGGAAGAGAGUGUUGCUUUCAUCUCUUAAACUGUAUGGAUUCAGUAUUAUCAUCAGUGUGGAGAGGAUUUUUAUCUUGCUGUAUAGUAUAACUGAGAAAGUAGAACAUCUCCAGAGUAUUAUUCGUCGCACAUCACAAAGACUUCAUGGAAACAUACCGUGAUAAUCAAGUAUAGCCACUGUAUCCCUGUAUAUGAAAUGCCAAUUACAAAGUCCCUUUCUACUAUAAAUACAUUGUGAUCCUAUAUCAUAUUUAGGGGAAUUAUAGAUAGAUCUUUGUCUUGUGGUCCGCGUAGCCACAACCCAGUCUUGUGCUGUGUGUUCGUCUGUCUGCAUGUCCGUCUGUCUGUCUGCCCGUCUUCCUGUUUACUCACCUCUCCACUGCAAUAGCAAACACGUGGGUGAGCCCUCCGGGACUUGAGACCACCUCGCGGGGCAGGGGGCGGGGGGUGCUGUCGUGUCGACUGUGGUUCAAGGCGACACGGGCGCGCACUCACUCGCGAGAAGGUACGGUGUAAAAAUUAGCUUUUAAGGCGGAGAGGCGCUGGAAAAAGCGUUGUUGCAAAACUCAAAAGUUCACUGUAACUAUGUACUGUAUAUCUAUACGUGAUCUGUAUAUCUAUCUGGGUCUCAAAGAUUGUUAGUUUUUCUCUCUUCUUCAGCCUGUUGAUCUGAUUGUCUGCCAAUCUAUUACUCUUCAAUGUAUAUAUAUAUAAACUAUCUUACCAUAUUUACUUAAUUCACACUGUAUUUUUGUCACAAAAACACAAUGUCUGUGCACUGUAAAGAAAUAAUUUAAACAAAGAUUUACAGGAAAAUAUCUUAUUCAAAGCUAUGUUUACACAGUCUUAAAAGGAACCCGCAUUUGAACGAACAACUUGUAACAUCUCUUCAGGGUGCCUUAAGACCUGAUGAAAUAAAUUGUGGGAUAAGUGAUUUUGAAG